AUGAUUGCACGUUCGACGGAUGAUCAGCAAAAACCAAAUUUACUUAUUGGAAAUCAGGAACAAAGCGCGAAAAUGUCUGAUUUUAGUAUUGAUCACAUUUUAAAUAGAGCAGGAACCAGUGAAAACUCUAAGACUUGUGAUGAUACUAGUGGGGUCAAGUUUCGUUGGUUGCAAUGCUCCAGAUAUUGUCCCCCAAGAGUUCCAAAGCAAAAAUUCAACGAAAGUCCUUAUCUCAGUAGCGAAGAAGUCAUUGUCAUGUCUAAGAAAUUGCAACUCGCCGAUAUACGAGUGAAAAUCUGGUUUCAAAAUCGAAGGGCCCGAGAGAGACGGGAAAGAAAUGGAGUAAUUGGAGAUUUCAAGACAAAGGAUGAGAAAAAUGUCCCCCUGGAUGGUGUAAAUGAGGAGAAACUUACAAGAAUUCACUGUGGCAGCAAUGAUUCUUCAGAAAGCAGACCAAAUCAGCAAGCGCUAGUUACCAAUAUUAAAUCGGAGUUUAACAGUGUACCUCUAGACUUUUCAACGAAUUAUGUUAAUCCAUUCCCUCGAAAUGUUACUGACAUUUUCCAAAAUAACCACAUUUCUAAUCAAUAUUUUGUAACAAGCGGCUUUCCAGUAUUUCUACCAUCUGUAAAUAGUGAUACGAAUAAAAACGAUAAUUCAUGA